GCUCGUCUAUUUGUAUAUAUAUAUACACACACACACACACACCCAAUCCAACACACACACACAUACAUAUAAACAUCUGUAUAUUUGUAUGGAUGAACGCGAUCGCGUGUAGUUGAAAUAAAGGCCAAAUCGAAGCGAGCGAAACUUUGGAUUAUACGAGUCUACGAGCACAGCAUUAAUUGGAUAUAUCUCUUAUAUAUAUUAUAUAUAUAUAUAUACGUAUAUAAAUAUAUUACAACAUUGGAUUUAUACGGAUUGCUUUUGAAAAUCAAUAAAGCAAUCGGGCGACGGAACGUGCUAGGAUGAAGGCAAAUCGAGCCGAUUUUGGUCACAGCAAUUACCUCAAGCUCUAUUGAGAGCUGAGCAGCCGAGGUAGACGAAGGUAGAUAGCGAUUGAGAGACCGGCAGGCAGCCAAGCAGAGCUAGGCUGGUGUUUGGAAUUUUGGUUUUUUGCAACACUACAUGGAUCGCAGAAAUGGCGGCGAUCCCUUGGCGCCACCACGGCCCCCAAAGCUCCAACCGCGUGUGCAUCGACCAAGGGCGCCGGAGCCAACAGCGCUAGGUGGUGGCAACAGCAUCAGCAACAGCAGCAAUAGCAUCAGCAGCAGCAGCAACAACAGUAGCAGCAGCAGCAACAGCAACAGCAGCAGCAACAGCAACAGCAAUCAGCAACAACUGAGUAUUAGCACAACAACAACUGCAACAUCGACUAUAAACAACAACAACAACAACAACAACAUUAUAUCUAUAAUACCCACAACGGCCGACUUUGACGACUAUCAGAUACAUCAUCUGACAUUUCUGCCGCAGCGACCGAGCAGCCUCAGUCGCAACAGCAGCAACGCCUCCUCCUCGACGGCCACGGCGAACAGCAGCGCCGGUUCGAGUUCCAGUUUCACGCGACGACGACCGCCAGCGCCGCUGCUGACGAACAACAACAUCAGCAUACACAACACGAACAGCAACCACAGCAACCACAACAAUAACAACAACAACAACAACUUCCUUAGUCAUUUCCAAAGCGCUGAGCCCGUGUCUCUGUUGUCAACGGGUCAGCCGCCCGCCUCGCCCGUCACGCUGGCUCAACCGCGACCCGAAUCCGAAAGGCUCACCAAUGAGUACGUGGACACGCCGCUGCAGCAUGCGACACGCAGCCAGCAUCCGGCCGGGCAGCAGGAUAACGGACAGACAACGACGCACCAUUUGCUGCUGCUGCCGCAACGACACCAGCAGCAACAGCGACGUCAGCGUCUGCAACGGCAACGGCAGCAGCAGCGGCUGCAACAGCAACAGCGGCUGCCCAUCACAUUAAUCGAUUGGCGGCGGCGGCGGCGGGAACGGGAGCGGGAGCGGGAGUGGGAGUUGGUGGGUGCGACGUCCACGUCGACGUCGUCCGGAGCAGGCAUCGAUGGCUUAUUACAUUCGCAUUUGCAACACAUACCCGCGCACCCACCCGCCUCAAAGUUUGCACCGCCUGCACCACCGCGCCUAGGCUUCGCAGCAACAGCGGCGGCUGGACAGAUGCAGCCACCCAUUACCAAGCAGCCGGGCAGCAAGGAGCACAUGCAGGAGCUGCUGCAGCAGCACCAGCAACAGCAGCAGCAGCAGCAGCAGAUGCUGCCCGGCAGCGGCGGCCAGCUGGGCGCCUCGAUAGUGAUGGGCGGCGAUCCGUCGCUGCUGAAUCCGAUUGUGUGUCCACGCUGCGGCCUGUGCCGCUGCGAGCAGUGCCAAAGCCCGCGCCCGCUGCCCCAGACAUGGGUGUGCAACAAGACGUGCCUGUGCAGCGCCGAGUCGAUCAUCGACUAUGCCUCGUGCCUGUGCUGCGCGAAGGCGCUGUUCUAUCACUGUGCGCGGGACAACGACAUGGACUGCGACGAUGGCACCGGCACACCCUGCGUCGAUAAUCCCUGUUCCUGCGGCCCCUACAAGCGCACCCAGCGCUGGGGCUGGCUGGGCGCCCUGUCCAUUGUGCUGCCCUGCCUCUGGUGCUACUGGCCCAUGCGCGGCUGCAUCAAGCUCUGCGAGAAGUGCUACGCGCGGUUCGCGGGACGCGGCUGCCGGUGCCAGGGCAACAUCGGCGUCGACGCGGCCAUUGGCUCCACCAGCAGCAUGAUGCCCAUUGUGCCGCUAGCCGGCGGCGUCCUCAACAACAGCAGCUCCAUUGGCUCCCCCAAUGCGGCGCUGCAGGCGAAUGGCAAGGGAUUCGAUCAUGGCUGCAGUGCGGCUAGCAGAAUUCUGCGCAAAGGCGAUCUGACGCCAGAGAAGCGACUGCUCGACUCGAGUCCAGACUACUGAAGGCAAGGCAGAGUAACGGUGGAGGGAGAGAGAGAGAGAGAGUGUGAGCGCGCGUUUUGUGCGCGUUUUUUGCCGCGGGUAAAAAACGCGACACAGACAGCAGCUAGCGAAGGAGAGGGAGGAGAGUGAGGAGAGCGUGUAGAGCUUCGAAAUUGAUAUAUACAUAUGUAUGUAUAUAUACAUACGUAUAUAUGUAUAUGUAUAUAUGUAUAUGUAUAUAUGUAUGUGUGUAC